GCAAUUAUAACCAGAUCCACAAAGUUAUAGCACAUGUUCAUCUUGUAUAUUCUCAGAAUAAAAUGAUAUAAUUCAAUUUCAAAGAAGAAACAGAUAAGCUCAAAAAUCCGCAAAAAUGGCUACGAAAGUGGCCCUCUACCCGUCACCAAAAGCCCUCGAGAAGCCCUUGGAGAAUCCAUUACCCCAGCUACUCCAGACACCAUCCGGGCUUGCUCUGCUAGAGAUGCAGGGGACGAUCAACACACCCUCUCCUCCUACUCAAGAUGAAGACGACGAGUCAAACCAGCCGGGAAGCUAUGAAACACCAAUCGGGCGCCUUGUCUUCCCAGACUACGAGCCAGGGACAUCAGAAGGCGGAGCGUGGCAGAAACGCGUCUAUCUCUAUGUAGGCAUGCAUCAGCGUCUCACGGGAGAGGUCAAGAAACUUUCAAAAGCUAUUGCUAUUAUUCGGAAACGUGCGCCGUCUGAAACCGAGAACACUUCGAAGGAGGGGCAGGGCGUUGAAGAGCUGGAGAUUGUGGAGAUUGUGAAGUGGAAGAUCAUCUUCUCGAACCGGCCAGAACCAGUGGGGACUGCUGUUGUGGACGUUGUUGUUGACGCUUGAGAGACGUUCUUGCAGGUGGAUUUUACGCCAAAGAAUGGAUAUCAGGGCAGCUGUAUUCAGUAAGGGUCGUGGUACCCUAACGCAUCAGCUGAGGGCAAAGGGUGGCUCAGGUAUCAAGCACGCUUGCAAUGCGAAUUACGGUGGCAAUACGCGCUGCAACUUCAUGCAAAGAAUAGGUCGCGCCGCUGCCUUUAGCCACAUGGCAGCAGUUCUUGAGUGGCUAGGGAAAGGAAUGCCUUGGGAAGUGCCACAGGCGUAUCUCUUGUGAAAUAGAUUGAUGGGCUUGGUAUCAGUGGUGUAGAAAGAAAAAUAUUGUCAAUAUACC